AUGCUCACGCUUCCAUUAUCGACCAAUGAUGCUAACUCAAUCCUAUUUCCCUCUACUAGCCACCUGGCGUCGUUCUUGGGUGGCCUGCUCCCACAUCAGUGCUCCUUCUUGACCGCACGUGAAGGCAAACGCGGCAGCUUCCGAAUUGAUCCAGCUCUCGACAACGAAAUCAAGAGGAUGUAUUUGGAGAAAAACAGAGCCAAUUUAACGGCAUUGCCGAAUCCACUCUCCCAACCUGUAGAGGUCGAGAAUCCAUUCCUGAAAAUGUCAAAUGUCUUUCAUCGAGCUUCACCUUUUGACAACCCAGACUCCGACGACGAGUUUCAAGGAAGCGGAGUGAUCGCCCAAAGCUUCGACCAGUUCGAAGAGUCUUCGGGCAAUGUGGACGAUUCACUACAUGGUAAUGUCAUUGGUAACGAGACCGAGACGGUUUCUACUGUUGCAUCCUCAGCAGAGCUAACCGAGAAAGAUAUAUAUUUUUCUAUCGACGACCAAAAACAGGUUUCACCUGAACAUCGAGUAGAAGCUGGAUCGAGGUAUACCAUCCAUCUCCCAAAAGAGGUCACCUUUUGGACCUUUUCUUUGAUUUUCAUUAUAACAAACCUUCCAAGACACUGUAUGGCUAGACGGAUAGUGCUGGUGAUGGGAUAA